GACGAGGAUGAGGGGUAGAGUGGGGUAGACUUAUGAGACGGGAACUGCAUCUACCUAGUGCACCGACAGAGAGGACUAAUUGCACUCUACCUGUUUGUACUGGCAGAAAGUGGUUACCUUCUAUAGCAAAUUUACACUUAUUCAUAGGACGCUUUCAGUCGUUUCUUUUGUAUAUAAUAUCAUCGUUCGGUGAACAGUUAUCAAAGGGAUCCAGUGAUAAGGGAGAUGAGACGAGGAUCUGUAAGCACUUGGGAACCUUGGGCCAGAAGAAAUUCUGCCAAUAUGGACCAAUUUACAGGUAGCAGGUCAGAGUUCAUGACCGCUGAGCCGAAUCUCAACAAUAUUAAAUAUCAAAGAAAAGGUGGCUGUUUCUUAUCACAUAAAAUAGCUUUGCUCAUUAUUGUCUUUGUUGUUGUUGGAAUAAUUGUCGCUGGAUUCGCUGGUGCAUAUAUCAGUUUAUAUUCAAAGAAGGAAGUAAAUGAUCACCCUGUUCUCGCUGUAGAGGAUGACGACAUGGAUGGUAAUAUUUCUGAAAAAUUUACUUUAUCCCCAAACGUCGUACCAAUGAAGUACGAAUUGAAGUUGGCACCAGUUUUCAAUGGGGAGGUAAUCACUAAGAUCAAAGGUCUGGUAGUCAUAAAAUUGCAACAGAACUCGAGCGACCAGUUGGAUCAUUUGACAUUCAAUGCUAAAGAUAUGACGAUUAAAAAUUGUAAAUUACUUCGAUUAAAUGCUACGAAAACUGAGAUACGUAGUCAUAGAAACAGACGGUAUCCCACAGAAGAAGACGUUCCAGCAGGAUCGGGUACUUCCGCUUUGGAGAAUACCGAAAACACGACAUCGGAAUUAAUGGAAAACUCGAAAAGCGGUACUGAAACACCUUAUUUCCCGGACGGAGCUAAUGCUGAUCCUGAAAAUGUUACUACUUCCGACUCAUCCAAUGAUACGCUCUCAGAUAAUUCUUCGACCGAUAGAAAUAUUACAAAAUCGACAACAAGCGCUGCAUCAUUAUCAUCCAUUGAUAAGAGUGUCUCGGUAUCAUUGGAUACGGAAACGACAAAAAUCGUACAAACCGGAAGUACAGAUCGCGCUACGGCAUCGGAUGAAUUUACUAAUACGGACCAGUCGGAUAUCGACGUUGUUGAAAUUCGCCUUAAGGGAAAUGAGACUGAUAACGUUAAUGGGAUUUACGUGAUGUAUCUAGAGAGUCCAAUAUCAAAUGGGAUUUACUCGUUGGAGAUAAUUUAUGAAACUGAUAAUAAUAACAGUGCAUUGUCACAAGGCAGCGUUCCAGUUCAGAAUAUGGCGAAUAGAUCCAGUUUGGGCGAUGGAUCACUGAUUACUCAUUUCAAACCAACCAAUGCCAGAUACUUUUUUCCACUUUUUGACGACGUUCAUCUGAAAGCCAAAUUUACUCUGUCGAUUACCAGUCCGAGCAAUUUACUUGUACUUGCGAACACGCCUUUAAAAUCUAGGGUGAACUCCUCGUCACUCUACACCAUGAAUACCUUUGAAGAAACACCAUUGCUGUCACCGCACAGUCUGACAUUUGCUGUUGGUGAUAUCGAAUUAAUGGAUAACGCGACUUUAGGCGAUACGGAUAUUAGAAUUUGGGGUAAAAAUAAGAAUCUUUCGAAAAGUCAUUUCGUCACCAAUAUGACGAGGGUAGUGAUGGAAUUGUACAUGAAUUUCUUUUCGAUCGAUUAUCCCAUGUCAAAAAUCGAUAUCGUUAGUCUGCCGACAAUUACAGAUCAAACUGGAAAUCUUGGAUUAAUUAGCGUUAAAGAGUCGUUUUUUAAUAUUACUGAAAACUCGUCGUCGAUCGUCAUUAAUCGAGGAUUUCAACGCUUAAUUUAUUCUAUUGGUCAACAAUGGCUGGGUGGAUACGUCACGAUGUACGACUGGACCAGUUCCUGGAUUCUGGAAAGUUCUUUGAUCUACCUACAACGACUUUUACUCGAAAAAGCAAGAAAACCCUUAAAUUAUAUAAAUAAUACAGAUACGGAACUGGAGUCAUCAUUAUUCUUUCUGACGGAAGUACAAGAACCAGCAAUGAUGGCGGAUGGCUACGCAACAUCUCGAUCGUUGCAAUUUAAAUUUAAUCCGGUAUAUUGGAAUUCGAUAGAAAUUCAAAAUUUACAUAGAAAAGGUGCAUGUCUGAUACGUAUGUUGCACAACGUCAUAACUGAUAAUGCAUUUAAGCGUGGCUACAAGAAAUUCAUUUCCAGAUGGACCUACGCGAACGCAGAACCUACGGACUUUUGGCAGUCAAUGUCCGAGGACGUUAAAAAUCUACCGGAAGACACGUCACUCAUGAAGAUCAUGGAAAGCUGGACUGGCAGCAGUGGAUUUCCGGUGAUUAACGUAACAAGAAAUUACGAUCUUGGAUCAGUAAAGCUUCAGCAGUCAAGAUUUCUUUACGACCAAUCAAACGCCUCUAACGACCAACUUUGGUACAUACCCCUGACUUACACAACAAAAACCGGAAAUUGGUCAUCGCCAAAAAGAAUUUGGUUCAAACCGGAAGUAGAAAUGAUUUUGCAUGACGUCACUCGUCCUGGUGAAAAAUCCUGGUUGAUAUUCAAUAUCGAUAAAUUCGGGUACUAUCGCGUGAAUUACGACAAGGAAAAUUGGGAGCUGCUAUCAGUGGUUCUCAAUACGAAUCAUCAAGAAAUAUCAAGUGCCACCAGAGCUUCUAUCAUUGAUGACGUCUUCAGUCUAGCCCGAGCUGGAUUAACCAGCUAUGAAACAGCCUUUGAUAUUAUCAGAUAUUUUCGUGUUAACGAAAGAAAUUCAGUAGCAUGGUUGACUUUAUGGGGACACAUUAAAGAAUUGAAUAGUGCCCUAUACGACACCAUGGAAUAUUCCAAUUUUCAAGGAUUCAUACAUGAUAUGAUAACACCACUUUGUAGUGAAGUUUCCUCGAAUUCUACUAAUGAAACCGAAUUGACUCCAAUGAUAAUCGAAUGGGCUUCUAUGGUUCAGCACGAGGGAUGCUUGAAUUGGUUGAAAAAUAAUUAUCCACUAAAUUUGUCUGACGACUCAAUGAAUAAUGAAACUACUGUAUCUGGAAAUUUACGCGAAGCCGUGCAUUGUGUUAUGGCGAAAUACGGUGAUCAGCGAGAAUGGCGAUAUAUUUUUGUAAAAGCAAUAGAGAAACUUAAUGCGGAGGAGAAAUACGACUUAUUAAAAUCCUUGGCAUGCUUUCAAGUGCCUUGGAUAUUGCGAACAAUACUCGGAGAAGUUCUUUUCAAAGAAUAUUUCACGGAGAACGAGAUACUCACAGUCCUUCAAGCCUUUGCCCAGCAACCAGUAGCAUCCCGAGUGUCGUACGAAUACAUGAGAAAUAAUUGGCAACAGAUUUUUGAGAGAUAUUACAAUUCAUCUAAUAUCAUCAGAACGCUCGUACUCGUGUCCACGGAGACCAUUGCCAGUGAUCAAGAUCUGCUUGACCUGCAGUCAUUCAAAGAGAAGUACUAUAACGAUUUAAAAAGUAUUGCUCAUACAAUAGUCACUAUCGAGGCUAGAACAAAGUCUUGGAAUUCCUGGCGAAAUGUGUCAUUGCCAAUAAUAAAAAAGUGGCUGACAAAUUACAAACAGUAAUUGCGGUUAAACCUAGUUAGGUCAUCAAACUCAUUAUAUACAUAUAUCAAAUGUAAAAGCUGAUUUUUCUUUGUUCGGUUCACAAGAGGCAAUUUCUACGACAACAAGUUUUAUUUCUCCGAAUGCUUUCGUCAAGCACGAUUACAAAACCAAGCAACAAUCUUGUUCUUAAUUCAAUUCACCUUACAACGACAGUUAUUAAUUAUACAUAUUUAACAAACUUCACGAUAUACAUAAAAUGCUCUAACGUUAAUAAUAAUCCGUAAGUCGUUAUCUAUCAUCGUCGUUAUUAUUAGUGUCGUUAUUCGUAUAUCAUACUUCACUAAACUAAACAUAAUGGUGUACUUGGGGCACGUGAGCCAUUGGUUAACGAGGGAGGUACCUCAUCACUUUAAGCUACUUCGAGUGACUUUACGACAUUCCGUUAACGCUUAAGUAUUUUCAAUAUCGUAAUAACAUAAACCAUCAGACAGGAAAGUCGCCUGGGACAGAAAAUUUUCCAAAAUUCGUUCGAAGUGCGCAUCAACUUUAAUCGGAUAAUCGUGAUCAAAACUUCCAACAAAACAAUAAGAACAAACUUUUAGUUCAUCAGCCUGACACAACUUUGACUCUACCUACCAGAAAAUGAAAAGACACAUUUUUCAGAUCUUAAGCUCCGUACAGAUUUUACACGUGAAAAUUUUAUAACGACAAAUUUGACAAUUUCUUUUUAAUGCGUCCAACGAACGAUCCAAGGAUCUUUUUAAUUAUCCUUCGAGCUCCAAUCAACCCUUAUCUCAAUUAGCGCCUCUGUGCAGAAUUUUUUUUUAGUUCCGGUUUACACCGUCACCCAUCCAGGUGUAUUUGUUUGUUGUAAAAAAAUUUGCAACCGCGGGUCUUAAUUGUUUUACCUAUUUACAAUGUAUUUACAGGUUAUGUUCUCUUAAUCUUUUAUAGGUGUGCUCUUCGUUACAUAACUUGUAUUAUCUCAUAAUCAAAAGUCAAGGGACUCGCAGUUAUAAAGUGCAGUUACCAGUGCGGGCGAUAAAAUCCUCUGUCAAUAAUUAUUAUUAUUAUUUUUUUCUUUCCUUGAAGUCUUCGCCAUAAAUUACUUUGUUCUUCUGAUUGCUCGUUCCUAAUCGCAUAUCGUCAGCAGUGCGUUUAACCUUAUUACAAUACAAAACUUUUUAACGUUACCCUAAAUGCACGGUAACUCGCUAAUUAAUCUUUUAGUAUGUUUUCAGGACUGCUACUUCUUAGGUAUUCGCGUUAGGAUAAGUCGUCGACGUUCGUCGCGAAUUUUACUAAUUAAUUAUCGUUCUUAACCUACUUAUAUAUUAUUUCUUCUUUUCUUUUCGCACAAACAUUCACUCACGCAUCUUUUCUCUCUCUACCUCUUCUUUUUACGCUCGCAACGCCAUUGUAAGAAUUGCCUUACGUAAUGCGUAUUCGUGUCGUGUGACGGACUUAUCGUCACACGUCACGCGAUACCGUGACGCUUCGGCUGCGAUGAUGAGGAUGACGCGAGACAAACACUUUGUACAACGGAAUAACAUUUCUUUCAUGGCAGUUGUGAAUGGAACUCUUGUCUCUACGUGAAUGCGUGUAUAUAUAUUGAUUCUCCAUUACAAAGAUUCUUCAUAAAUAUAUAUUUACAGGGUACUUAUAUAAUUAUAGUAUAUUGUGCACCGAGAGCGAAAACCGGCGUUUCCGCGCCGCGUAUAAAGUUGAGGUUUCCGAGGCGAUGCCGAGGGAGUCUCAACUUUAUACAAGGCACAAACGCCCGUUUUCUCUCGCGGUUCACAUACUAUUUUCUUCAACAGCCGAGCGAACGCGAGUCUUCGCGUAGUGGGUGAUUCGUGGGUCGGUGCAAAUAAGCAGGUUAGUUUGGUAACUUAGGAAAUCACAAUGAAACAACUAUGCAUCGUACAGCUUACGUGAAAAAGACAAUUGCCCCGGUGGUAGCGGGUCGUUGGAUUCGUCGACAAAUGUCACCUCACUCCUAUUCAAUUUUUUAAUCUUCCACGUUUCCCCAUUCGAGAAUUGACCGUUUUCGCUCCGCUGUUCAAGAAAAUAUAUUAUGUAUAUUGUAUUAUUCUGUAAACUUUCAACAGCGCGAAUAACUAUUCACAAGACUAAUAAACGAAAAAUAAACAACUA